AUGUACGCUCAACUAAUGCCGAUCGACAAUUCCGUGGUGCCGAAUUUUUCUCUCAACGGCCAAACCAAGAGCAGUCAAACCAAGGCCCGGACGACCAAGUCGACCACGACCAAGUCGACCACGACCAAGUCGACCACAACCAAGUCGACCACGACCAAGUCGACCACGACCAACAGGUCAAACAGUGCGGCAACCUACGACUCAAAUCUCGACGGAUUUUCCUUCAGUGCAGAAAGUGAAGAAGACUUGGGUGGGGAAGGAGAGUCUUGGGAAGAUGGGCAGUUGCCGCGGUUUUCUAGUACCUAUUUGUUGGGGCUCCAUAUGGAGAUUAUUGAGCCUCCGCCGUUUGUGAGCGAAGAGGUGCUUAAAGUCAUGUUGCAGGCCGACCCGCUUGUGGAUGGAGUCUGGUAUGAUGACAUCGUAGAAGGCCAGCCAAGAUCAAGAGGAGGCGACUCAGUGGGCGGAUUUACAGUGACUGGGUCCUACGACCGGUGGAGGCAGGGGUCUGUAGCUAUGGCUGGAUUCGAACCCAUGGGUGGGUUCGAACCCAUGGGUGGGUUGGGGAUGAUUUCGCGGCCCGGUGAAGCGCGAGUGGAGAGUGGCGAGGGGUCGUCGGAAUUGUUGGAGUCGGGUGAGAUCGUGGAGGAUCCGGAGUACGAGGAGUACGACACGUCUGCGGCAUUUCGUACGUUGCCGAUGGUUAGUUCUUUGAAGGCGUGGCAGUCUUCAGGAGCACUGGAUUUGUUUAUUCCGUCGGCUGAGAGGUGGGAUAAUUUGUUUGCAACGCCCGAGCUGGACGACUUGGAGACGAGCUUUGUGCGGUCGGAGGGACCGUGGGAGGGUGGGUCAGAGCGUCGGUCCGAGAGGAGUUGGUCUUUAUCAGGUAAUGGGACCCGAGCGAGUGCGACGAGUGGCCUCAAUUUCAAUGACCGGUAUUACCGUCAUCAGUGGGCGCAUCAUAAGCGUGCCGGAGUGCAGAGCGAGAAGGGUUGGGCCCAAUGGACGGGAGAGAACACGAGUUACGUGGUGGCGUUGAUUGAUUCGGGAGUGGAUAUCGACCACCCGGAUUUGCGGACGCAGUACUGGCGUAACUCUGGUGAGACGGACUGUUUCAACGGCAUUGAUGACGACGGGAAUGGAUACGUGGAUGACUGUAUUGGAUGGGACUGGAUUGACCAUGAUAACCUGCCACAGGAUGAGAACGGACACGGUACGGCGAGUGCAGGUAUUAUCGCUGGUGUCCCUAACAAUGAGAUCGGGAUCGUGGGGUUAUGUUGGGGAUGUAAACUGAUGAUUUUGAGGACAUUGGACAAGGAUAUCCGGGGCACAAUUUCGGGCUUUAUUAAGGCCAUCGACUACGCCAUUCUGCAAGGGGCCAAGCUUAGCAACAACAGCUACGGAGGUCGCGGCAGCAGCUACGCUUCCCUCCUGACCGCCGUCAAACGGGCCCGCAACAGCGGCAUGAUUUUUGUCGCGGCCGCCGGAAACUACGGCUCCAACAACGACCAUACCUUCGCGCAACCCACCUAUCCCGCUAGCUACAACGAGACCAAUAUUAUCUCAGUGGCAGCUAGCGAUCAGAACGGCAAUCUCGCGCCUUUCUCUUGUUACGGCCGAAAAAGUGUGGACCUAGCUGCACCCGGAGUCGGAGUCCUCAGCACCACCCUGAACAAAAAAUAUGCCCAGGUUGAUGGCACCUCCUUCGCCACUCCCUACGUCACCGGCGUCGCCGGCCUCAUCCUCUCCCGGGAACCUUUCCUCGGCUACCAAGAAGUCGUCCGCCGCAUCCUAUCUUCCGUCACACCCUUUCCCCAACUGAAAGACCGACUCAAGUCUGGCGGAAUCCUCAACAUGGGCGAUGCGCUCGCUGCCGGCGGCCCCCACCAGCCUACACCUUCCUGCUCCCAAGACCUCUGCCCCGUCCACAGCGACUGCGUCAAUACACACCUCGGCGUCCGCUGCCGCUGUCAUCCGCACUUCAAGCACGUCUCCGGCAAGUGCGUUGCCGAAUGCCGCUUCGAUUCCGACUGCGGAAUACACGAAUUCUGUGGAGACUCCCAAAUUCUAGGCAAAAAUGGAGAAAGCACACACGUGUGCGAAUGCCAACUAGGCUUCGCUCGCGACAAUGAAGGUUGCUACGACCGCAACGAAUGCGUACACCGCGACAUAUGUCCCUCAGAAAGCAUCUGCGUCAACAACGCUGGCGGCUUCGACUGCCUCUGCCCCGACGGAUUUAUUUGGAACGGAGUCCCUUGGGUCCGCAAUGGAGCUCUCUGUCAACCAAUGCGUAAGAAGUCAAUAGUCCAGAUCACGGGAGGAUGGCCCGGGCCCGAGCCCGAACCCGAGCCCGAUGAAGAGUUAGUAGUGAGUUGGAGCGGUAGUGGGUGGAGCGGCAGCAGGUGGAGUGGUGGCGCCAGGUUCAGUUUCGGGUAG